GCUCGUUUCGCUGUUGCACCGCCAGCAUGGCGAAGGUUCUGGUGGCCACCUUGGUCCUGUCCUGGAGCCCCCAAGUGGAGGGAAAAUGGCCACUGACAGGUGGGAAAGAACUGGCUGAUGUGCCUGCAUCCUUUGAUUGUGAAAUGAGGAAAUUGGCGUAUGCCUAUGGCAGGAAACUACUUCCGCGCCUGGGAGCCUUCGAAAGUCUCUACUACGCCUUGGAUCUGAACAGCGAAAGCUGCCACCAGGAGCAGGCGGCAGAUGAACCUGUCGAGCAGCCGGGUACGGCACUGCCCAACAACUGGCGCGACACGGCCGUCUUUGUGGACGGAACCAACGGCGACGACGGCAACGUGGGAAGUGAGAGCCACCCCCUCCGUUCGCUUCAAGUGGCCUGCGACCGUGCCGUGACCUUUGGGUCCGACACACCCAUGGUGCUGCUGCGGGGUGGGACGCACUUCUUGACGGAGAGCUUGAUGUUGGGGCCUCAGCACUCGAAGUUGCUGAUCACCUCGUACCCCAAGGAGAACGCCGAAGUCUCUGGCGGCCAGAAGCUCCAGGUGACCUGGAAGCCUUACAACGUCACGGGCGGCGCCAACAUUUGGGUGAGCGAUGUGAGCGGGCAGGUGAAGGAAAUGGAAGCGUUGCAGGUGGACGGUGUGCGCGCCACCCGCGCGCGGUAUCCCAACAUGCCCCAGGGCAUUGAGGUGUCCUGUGGCUACGGCUGCAUGAUCGACGGCAGCAAAGAGACCUGGAUCGGACCGGAUUUUCAGAAGUUCGGCAACGUGACGUACUAUACCGACAACUCGACCAAGCACUAUAGGAACACCACCAAAGAUUGGUUCAACGAGUACAUGAUCGGUGUGGGUGGCCUUUGCAGCGUCUACGAUCCCCCGGUGUCCUACUGGUGCUCCGAGCAUCCCAGUGGUGGCGGCGCCUUUGCGUUUCGAACCCCCUCGGGGGUGAUCUACAAAUCGCCCAAUGGACCCUAUGAGCAUGGAGAGGACGCGCGCUUUUUCGUGUGGCGUCCCGCUCGCUGGGCGAACUGGAUGUUUGAUGUCGCCAAAUACGACAAAGAACGGAACAACUUCACCUUUGGCCGCGGCGGGAACCAAGGGGCCCGUGGUGAAAACAAAGGCGGUGACUUCUUUAUUGAGAACGUCAUGGAAGAAUUGGACUAUCCAGGAGAGUUCUUCUUCGACAAACGCACAGAGAAGCUUUACCUUUUCCAUAACGGUACCGGCGCGCCACCCACUGACUCCAUUGUGGUUCCGCAGGUGAAAGUCCUGGUAAACAUCACGGGAACUCAGUGGAAACCGGUGACCGGUCUCCAGCUGAAGGGCCUGCGUUUUUCGGCCUCGGGGCCCACCUACAUGAUGCCGCACGGCGUGCCCUCGGCCGGCGACUGGGCCUUGGAUCGAUAUUCCGCGGUCUUCAUGCAGGGAACGCAGCACACGUUGAUCGACAAUUGCACCUUCCAACGCCUGGAGGGCAACGCCGUCAUGGUCUCGGGCUACAACCGUUGGGCCACCAUCCAGCACAGCGACUUCGCCUACCUGGGCGGCAACGCGGUGGUGGCCUGGGGCUACACCAACGAGACGAGCAGCGACCCCGGGCGUCCGGGGGUGGCCUUGGCCAACGCACCGCAGGCCGGGGUGGAUGGCACGGAUGGGGAGCAUCCAGUGUUGACCACCGUGCAGAAUUGCUUGGCACGUGAGAUUGGUUUGUACGAGAAGCAGAGCAGCUUCUUUGUCCAGGCGAAAUCCGCGGAGUCGCGAAUCCUGUCGAACGUGUUCUUCAACGGCCCACGUGCGGGGAUCAACAUGAACGAUGGAUUUGGAGGUGGCGAUGAGAUCGCCUACAACUUGGUCUUCUCCACCUGUCGCGAGAGCGGCGACCACGGUCCGUUUAACUCCUGGGACCGGCAGCCCUUCCUGACCACGGUGCGAACGGGUGAGCCUUCCAUGAUCAUGCAGGUCCGUGCGAUCCAUCACAACUUCUUCAUCGACAACUAUUCUCCACAGGAGGACGUCGACAACGACGAUGGGAGUUGCUACUACGUGACGCACGAUAACUUCUUGGUCUAUGGCGGACAGGCGAUGAAGAACGACUUUGGUGGCCACGACAACCACCACUACGACAAUGUCGAUGCAUAUGUUGACCGCGCCCUUGGUGUUUGCGACACCAUUGCAGGUCACGAAGAUUAUUUCUUUGGAAACUAUGUUGUGAUGAGGGGGGAGACGGUGGGCACAUGUUUGCCAGAGAGGCAAAUGUAUAAGAACCGAUACUUUACCCCCUCAGGCAAAGUGCAAGAGGGAUGCCAUGGCUAUGGUGGUGAGGUUUCAAAGACCCCAAGUGAUGCUGAGAUUUUGAACCAAGCCAAAAAGAAGCUUGGAAUGCCGGAGAUUUCCCUUGUUGUGUGAGGCAACAAAAAGGCAGAAUUUUGUUGUGCCCAUUCGCACCGGCAAAA